AUGUCAGCACCAGAGGCAUCGACAUCAGCGGCCCCUGCACCCGCCGUCAUGUUCAAAAAGGGCCCACGGUCACGACCAAACCAGUCACGGCGGCGGGAAGCCACUCCGCCCGCUGACGACGAGGCAUCAUCUGCCGCCACCGAUGGCGCCGACUCGGCCGUCGUGCGCCCAGCGAAGAAGUCGAUCCUCAACCCCCUCGUCCAGGGCACCAAGCGGCGGCGAGCACCUGGCGAGGAGCUCGGCGGCGGGCUCGACGACUUUGACUUCAAGGCUGAAGGCGGCGGGAUCACCCAGGACGAGUUCGCGACGCGCUCGGCUGACUGGGACCUCGAGAGCCUCGAGAAGAAGGACGACAAGCGCAUCAAGCUCAACGAGGACGGCGAGAUUGUGCGCGACGACGGCAUGUACCACGGCCAGUCGGGGUACCUGUCGACGAUCAACAAGCGCGCCGACCAGAGUCUGUCGAAGAGCAUGCGCACCGGCCCGAUCCGCGCGACGGCCAACAUUCGCACCAUCACCGUCGUCGACUACCAGCCCGACGUGUGCAAGCCGUACAAGGACACCGGGUUCUGUGGCUACGGCGACUCGUGCAAGUUUAUGCACGACCGCGGCGACUACCUCGCUGGCUGGCAGCUCGACAAGCUCGACCCCGAGGAGGUCAAGGAGAUCGAGGCCGAGGAGGAGGAGAUGCUGCCGUUUGCGUGUCUUAUCUGCAAGCGUGAGUUCACCGAGCCCAUCGUCACCAAGUGCGGGCACUACUUCUGCCUCGACUGCGCGAUGAAGCGGUUCACCAAGAGCCCCAAGUGCUACGCCUGCGGCGCGGCGACGCAGGGCCUGUUCAACAAGGCUGAGAAGCUGCUUGCCAGGCUGGCCGCCAAGCGCAAGCGCCGCAUGGAGGAGAAGGGCAUCGAGGAGGAGGAGGAGGGUGACGGCGGGAUUGAGAUUGGCGGUGGCGGCAGUGAUGAGGAGGAGGGUGCCGGUGCUGGUGGCGACGAGUCUGAGCCUGAAGGCGGGCGCUGGGAAACCGUGCCGGACAGCGACGACGAGUAG